CUUCUCUGAACUUAUUUGUCAACGGCGCACGUCGUAUUUUUCCUAAAUAUUUCCAAUACAAUCCCAAUAUCAAAUUGACUGAAUUAUCAGAAUACUUAAAUAUUUAUAGCGUUAAAAGUAGUUUACAGAAACUUCUUGUCGUCAUUCAUUUUGCAGAGCGAACAAAUAAGGAUCUAAAGUUUCAGUUAUGGCAGAUCCCAGCCCAUUUACAAUGAUGACUUGUCCAUAUAAUCCAGCACAUCAAGUGGAGAAAUAUAAAUUACAAACACAUUUACAAAAAUGUGCGAAGCAGUAUGUCAAGGGUAAUAAAGUUAGUUGCCCAUUUGAUGCAACACAUGUUGUGAACGAACCUGAAUUAGAUCAUCACAUAACAGUAUGUCCGAAACGAUUUAUGCUGGACACUCAACUGUAUAUAACUGACGAUGACUAUAGACCGACAGUGGGUCUCGCUGCACCAGCCCCUGCUGUGCCUACCGAAGAAAAUUGGGACGAUGAUUGUUGCGUAUCAUACAAUCCAGAACUCCACAAGAAACCACCUCAUGUGAUAACUAAACCUAAAGGUGCAAUACCAUCGGAGCGUAGAAAGAAACGUAUGGAAGGUGUUAAAAAUUACCGACCACCACCAUCUUAAGUCUUUAAGGAUUUCAUAACCUUUAAUUUAAACU